GUGAGCUGGAGUUUCAUCCUUCUUUCCACCUAAUCUGUCAAUCGUCAAUUGUACAUCAUGCCACGGCCUAAGAAACCUGUCAUAAAAAUUCUCCGAGUAGCUGAAUCCCAUCCGUACACAGCCGAGCUUCGGACAUCUAGAACGGCCCAAUACGACCGCACUUUUAUACCUAGUGCCUUCAGUCUUCAAAACACCCUUCCACCGGACGUUUUUUUCCCAGAGAACUGCGUCCUGCACACCUUCAAGUACUGUAUUAAUCAAGCAUCAAGUAGGAUGACCAGUCUUCCACAUCUGGUAUGGAAAUAUUCGUUUACUCAUUGAGGUGAACUUCCGGUGUUACGAUUUCUCCAAGAAUAUAACGGAGAGCAAGAACAGAGUCGAUUACAGACCAUCAAUUGAUAUAUUGUUUCACUCGAGUUAUUUAUACAAAACCAAUAGAUAAGGGAUGGACGCAACGGCAAAUGGGUUUCAAGUGGUUGAAAACGACGCUCAUCAGCGUCGGAACGCCAGUAUUCAGUUUCAAAAUAGCACUGGAACGUCGCUGGAGCAAAAAAAAUCAGAUCGUCAUGAAAAUUAUUUAUCUGACAAUAAUUUCUAUCCUCAUCGUUGCCUUAAUAACGCUUCUUGUCUUUUCAAACGAUUUCAUAACUGUGAAUAAUUCGAAUACGUCGGUUAGGGUGAAUGUUAUGCGCGCCAUUUAUAUUGAAAGUGGUGGAAAGGUCGCUGAGAGCAAAGAAAAUGGAACCAAAACCAAGAAGAGAAUCAGAUGUCACAUAUCGAAAUUCAUGUUGGAACUUUACGAGAAUAACAAGACGGGGAUGAACAAUUCGAACGCUGAUGUUGUACGCAGUGUAGUGCCAAAGCAUGCAGACUCUUUCAGUGGACAUGCCGAUAUGAUGGAUAACUUAGCCGAAAGUCACUUAUUAAUUUUCGACUUGCCAGAAACCAGUGAAGAUGAAAUAUUCACCUACGCCGAAUUGAAAAUAUUGACUAUAAUCGAAAAAAGGAGAGACAAUGAAGCAGGGAUCGAGAAGAAAAUAUCCCUUUUCGUGUACGACGAAGUCCAGCAGGAAUUCCUCAACGCUCACGUCUUACGCGUUCACCAUUCCAACGACACCUGGUUAUCCUUCAAUUUAACAGACCAAGUUGCUCAGGCGUUAAACAACACGAAAACCAAUGCGAAAAAUUUAAAAAUCGUCAUAACACUAUCUCCAGUCGUGUCUCUUCAUAUCCAACAGGAGAACAAAUUGAAACUUUCGCUUCUACCGCCAAGAAAGGAUGAUUUCGACCAUGAUUACCCUAUAUUGAUCCUUUCUUAUAUAUCCAAUUCGAGUCGGCAUCAAGAUGAGAGAAUGAAAUUGGAAAAUGGCACGAAGAGGAAAAAAAGAUUCAUAGAUGAAGAUUACGAGGAAGAGAGCAAUAGUAUAUGGGACGAUUUAGUAUCUAGAAAAACGUACGAGAAAAAGUUGAAAAGGAUAAGGAACAUCUGUAAAAGGAAGUCGCUGUAUGUGGAUUUUGCAGAGAUCAAUUAUGAUGAGUGGAUAGUGCAACCUAGAGGCUAUGAGGCCUUCCAAUGUCAAGGAAAAUGUUUUUACCCUGUCGCAGAUCACUUGAGUCCCACAAAGCAUGCGAUUAUUCAAACGUUAUUGCACAGUGUGGCGCCAUCUAUGACACCAAGGCCGUGUUGUGUACCAACCAGCCUUGACUCUAUUUCAAUUUUGUAUAUAGAUAAUAAAGGAGUACUUACCUACAGAUACGCUUACAAAGAUAUGGUUGUUCAAGAAUGUGGUUGCAGAUGAAAAAAAAUUACUAUAGUAAGAAAAUAGAGUUCGUGUAAAUAAAUGAAGGAAGAUUGGUAAUUGGUAUCAACCAAGAAGUCUUCAAUGAUGCAGCGUUAUUUUUGGGAUUUUCAUAUACAUUUGCCGUCCAUAUAUUAAUUUAAAAACUUUUCGAUAAGUUUUUCACAAUCACAAAAAUUGUGUUGACAGUUAAUUUUUGUGUUUAGGGUGAAGGCAAUA